CCGCGCUGUUUGAGCAAAAUUACUGAUAAGAUAAGCGAAAAUUUAGUCAUUCUGGUCACUGAUUUUUCAAUUAUUAAGAAAAUUAUUAGUACUAUGCGAAGGUAUCUUACGAACAUUAAAUUGUCAAUACCUCAUUCAGACGUUUUCUAGCUACAAAGUGAACCUUUCGUACAAUUUAUUCGUCGUUUAUCACCGAAGUACAGUUCGUUUCGUGUGUUUGUUUACAUCAAGAAUCAAGAUGCUCGCCGAAGUGUUAUUGUUUAUCACAUCCGCUCUAUUUUUAAUAUACUUGAGUAUUAAAAAAAAACACAAAUAUUGGCUGAAGAAGAACGUGCCUUAUAUAAAACCCAAGAAUUUGAUACUGGGAAACACGACCGAGCUAUUUUUCAAAGGUCUGCCUUUAGUGAAGUAUCACGAAACCAUCUACAAUGAGUUGGCUCCUCAUCCUUACGGAGGAUAUUUCCAUUUCGUCAAGCCCGUGUUCAUAGCUCGAGAUCCGAAUUUAAUAAAAACUAUACUGAUAAAGGAUUUCCAGCACUUUAUGAAUCGUGGAAGCGGUUUCAUGGAUGAAAACGAACCUCUGACGCAGAAUCUUUUCAAUUUGGGAGGCGAACAAUGGAAAAAUCUGAGGAUAAAAAUAACACCGGCUUUCUCAUCUGGUAAAAUAAAGAUCAUGUUUAAUUUGAUGAAAGAAUGUACCGAAGAAUUGAUCAGUCUGAUCGAUCAAACCAUCAGUACCGAACAUCAGCACGAUAUCGAAGUUAAAGAGCUAAUGUCCAGAUUCACUACGGAUAUUAUCAGCUCUUGCGUAUUCGGUUUACAAUCAAACACUUUGAAAAAUCCAGACUCGGUGUUUAGACAAAUGGGUAAACGAAUAUUCGCCACUCCGAGGAGUAAUCAAAUCACUCAGUUCCUCAAUUCGAUAUUCCCCUGGCUACGUCGACUACUCAAGUUCAAAAUCAUCGAUCCACAAGUCAACGAUUUCUUCGUUAAUUUGGUGAAAAAUACGAUCGAAUAUCGGGAACUGAAUAACGAGAGUAGAAACGAUUUCCUCGAUUUGCUUAUCGCUCUUCGCAAAGAGACCAGUGCAUUAUCUCACGACGACGAUCAGCUCAAGGAUGCGAAUCGCAACGAUAAGAAAUUCGAAUUCAACGACGGAUUGCUGACUGCUCAAUGUUUCGUGUUUUUUGUCGCCGGAUACGAAACAUCCUCGGGAACAUUGACUUUCGCAUUGUACGAAUUGGCCAAAAACCAAGAAAUACAGAAUAAACUGCGUCAAGAGAUAGAUAAAGUUUUGACCGAAUUUGAUGGUCAAUAUACUUACGAAUGUAUUCAAAAUAUGGUUUAUUUGGAUCAAAUUGUAAAUGAAACUCUGCGAUUAUAUCCAAUACUACCAUUUCUAGUACGAGUCUGUACUAAAACUUACACGUUACCAGAUACCGAUACAGUAAUAGAAAAAGGAACCAGAGUAAUUAUACCAAUACUCGGUCUACACCACGAUCCUGAAUAUUAUCCUGAUCCUUUGAAAUUCAAUCCGGAGAACUUUUCCAAAGAUAUUAAAACAAAUAGACUCAAUUGCACUUAUAUACCAUUUGGUGAAGGACCUCGAAUUUGUAUUGGAAUGAGAUUUGGACUGCUGCAAAUAAAACUCGGAUUAGCGAUGAUGAUUCGGAAUUUUAUUUUUGAUUUAUCGCCAGAUUUAAAAUUACCGUUCGGAUUCAGAAAAUAUUCUAUUUUAACGACUGUAGAAGGUGAUAUGUUACUCACGUUUAAAAAACGAACUUUCGAAUAAUCAUGACACUAAGUUUCCUGUUUUUAUACUUCAUUCUGUUUGUACUGCGUAUAAAUAAUUAUUCAUUUGUUAUCAUUUUUUCUAACGUUGUACUUUUAUCUAAUUAGUCGAAUAAAUAUUUCAUUUUUUGUUACAA